AAUGAUAGAGAUAAGACAUAAAAGUCUGUUUUAGUAGCAUAUGUAGGUGUUCAUAACCAUUUCAGUUCAUGUUGUUUUUGAUAGAAUAAUCCGGAAUUCAAUACACAAACAUCAUUCUAUUUAUUAUAUUCAUUUGUUAUUAUCCGGUUUAAAUGGCGGUUCGGUGUUUUUCAUUUUGAUUCAAAUUUAUUUUAACUCUACAUCUUCAGGAUGACAAAGAGUUUGAUAUCAUGCCAGUUAUGAAAAAUGUGAAAAAAUGAAACAGCCAAUGAAGUCCCGUGCAAAUUCAAGAGUAAAAUGAAUGAAGAAAGUGGCAGUGAAGUGGGAAAUUUGUUGGAGAGUGGCACAUCAGAUGAAGAAAAACAUGGCAGUAGGAAUUGUGAAGUGUCUGAUAUGGAAGAAGACGUGGGGGAGAGAAGUGAAGAAUCUAACAAACAAGACAUGAGAAAGAUGGACAAGUUAGAGACCGAUGAGUUUAACAUACAAAAAAGAGAAAUAUCAAAUGAUUUGUCAGAGACGAUUGAUGGGAAUAAAGAUGGAAAUUUACAGCAAGACUCGCCAGAAGAGAAGAGAAAUCCAGAGUCACAGAACACGAGGGAAAAUGAGUUGCCUUUAAAGCUUUGUGUCAAAAUGUCCUCAAGAACACCAACAAGAGGGAUCAAGCGAAGCCAUGGAAAACCAAAUUUGAUAAGUUGUAAAAGAAAGAAGCUGGCCCCUAGUAAGAAACUGUUUCAAAAGGAUGCCAGUGUUCCGAGAGCGACAGAGGAAGAAGUUCUCGCUGACAACGAGUGCUCUGAUGACUCCGACAGUGAUGGGUGGCAAAUUCUUGAGGAGAAGUCUGACACAGAGCUGGACAAAGCAUUGGAGAAAAACGCCAGCAAAAAUAAACUGACUGCUUUCAAUGUUAAAACGAUACUCCAUCAAGUCAUUACAAAUGAGCAUGUGGUUGCCAUGGUAAAGAAUACUAUCUUGAAUGAGUUGGCAUCCAAAGAAGAAUUGAAAGCGGCAACCUAUGAACCUAAAAUGACAAGGGCAAAAGUUAAAAAGGUCAUAGAGGAGACAGGAGAUGUGAUGCACCCUUGGCCCUUGACUCCACUGAAGAAGAAGAAGGAACACGUGAAGACGAUUCUAGACAUUGAACUGAGUGAAGAGGAGGAGGACGAUGACUACAAUCCUGAUAAAGAAAAAGAGGAAAGCUUUAGUGAUGAAGACGGUGAGAGCGUGACUUCGUCACAGAUGAGUGACUUUGGUUCCCCCUGUCCCCCCACCCCAGUCACACCCAGUACUCCUACAGCUGUGGAGUCAACUUCAGAUCUUAGGAAUACACCGAGCUCUGAAACGGAAUAUAAGGGGCCUUUUCUGAGCCCAAUGGGACCACCAGUCCGAUUGCCAUUAUAUAGACAGUCGCUCAGUAAGAAGUUCCAAGAUGUAGAAGAAUUGACAGAUAAAACUCGGGAGGACCAGACCAUUGCAGCCAGAACACGAUCAAAGUUAUCGCUGGAGGACACCUCCAUCACUGACCUGGAGUCCACAUUUGUCCCCCCAGAUUUCACCCCAGACAUGUAUGAUAAUCAGUGUGAUGAUAAAGACUGGCAAGGCUUUCUGCAGUCCUUGUAUAAACCCCCAGAAUCCGAGAACACCAAUGAUGGAGUCGAUGAUGAGGAAAAGGACCCUGAAUAUAAUUACUUGGAAGAAAUUGACGAAAUGAUUGACAGUGACGAGGAGCUGAGGGACGACAGGGCGGUGAAAAUAUCCAAGAAAGAAAUGAAUGAGUUGAUGGAUGAACUUUUUGAAUACUAUCAGGAAAUUCAGCCCAUGGAAGAGGAUGAAAAGAAAGCCAUGAAAAUCAAAGCAAAAACACAUUUCAAGAGACAGGUGAUAGAAACUGAGUGUCAAAAACAAGGUAUGGAAAAUCAGAACUACGUGAUUUCAGACAAUGAGAGAGAACAGAUAGCAGACCAGAUGAGAAAGCAUGUACAGUUGUUGACACAGAUGUAUGUUUCUGCAAUGGGAAAUCAGGCUGAAUACAAAGAGGUGGCUAUUUACAGUAAAAACCUUCUGAUGGAAAUAAAUCAGUUCAGUGUCACAAACACACAGUUCAUGACCCCUAAUUCCCUGUAUAAUGCUGCAAAUCUGAGAGAAGCCGUGAACCUGGUCAAUAAAACGGAGGAGUGGGAGCAAAUAGAGAGAAUCAAACCAAGCAAGAAAGGUAUGCAGUAUGUGUCGUCUGAGAAGUCUAUUGCCUCAAUGCUUGUCAAGAAUUACCAUACCUUGUCAAAGAAGAAGAAAGAUUUCAUUCUGAACAUUGUUGGAGAUGCACAUUCUAAAUCGGUGAUAGAGAGACUUCAGUCCAAUAGGCUUGGCAUACCUCAUUUCACCAACCAACAGAAGCAGUUGAUAUGGACUAGUCCCGUCUUCAUGUAUCCAGAGCUGGUGCCCGGUGGAGGCUUCAUGUUCAGGGAAGACCUUCAGGGUAUGCACAGGAGGGUGGCCUUUACCGUGUCGGAGGACAAGUUGAUGGCUCUUGGAUUGGACCAGUUUAAACAUCUGCCAUACAGUCAUGAGUUGAUCAGAAAGUUUCUCCUUCCAUGUAAAACAGAGGAACAAAUAAGAAUUCGCAUCAAGAAUCUCACCAGCUCCAAGGCUUCCCCAAACAUUAUAAAGAAUUACAAGCUGACUAAGAAAUUGCCAGAUUUCCCACAUUUCACUGGAGUCUUCUCCCUUCCUGACAUGAAAUCUCCCAAGAAUCAAGACACUGAGAGACUGCCAACUUGGUGUAAAGAGUUCAAAAUUCGCGAAAUCAUGGCUAGCACUGAUGAGGAUCUGGAGAAAAAUGGAAUGAUGCAGAGGUCAUCCAGUGUCAACAUUCCACUGGUGUCUGUUAGCAAAGAAAUGGUCGAGGAUGACAAGUCCAAUUCCGCUCCAGUUACACCCAUGACCAAGUCACAAGAUCAAGUCCAUACUGUUAUUAUAGUCCCAAACCUUACCCCAGAGAAAUCAGAAGUAGCCAGUGUGUCACCAAGCAUGGAAUCGCCUGCCUUUGAGACGAGUGCUACACAGAGUACACUGCCUGUCAGUGCAAUUCUUCUGACAAAUGUAUCACUUUCUUCAGGAACCAAAACUCUUGGAUUGCCUUUAUCAAACAGUCCAGUAAUUUCUCUACCCAUGGUAGCUGAACAGACUACUAUUCCCUGUCCUGUGAUAACCAAUCAAAUUAGCUCCACAGACUCACCCAUUUCACCCUUGCUAUCAAGCAGUUUCCCAGCUGUGUCCAAUCAAAACAUUUUACCUUUGAACACUAUUCCAAGUGCUAUUAAUCCAUUUACAUGUACCUUAGUUAAUAGUUUUAGCAGACAAAUGAUAUCAGUUCCUACUCUGUCUAGUCAUGUUGUGUCUGUGCCCAGCUUACCCAUCCAAACAUUGCCAAGUCCGACAAUGACAGAGCUCAUCCGAACAAGUCAGACAAUGACAGAGCCCAUUCUAGCAAGUCAGACAAUAACAGAGCCCAUUCUAGCAAGUCAGACGAUGACACAGCCCAUUUUAACAAGUCAUGCGAUGACACAGCCCAUUUUAACAAGUCAGACGAUGACACAGCCCAUUCUAGCAAGUCAGACAAUGACACAGCCCAUUUUAGCUAGUCAGGCAAUGACAGAGCCCAUUCUAGCAAGUCAUACAAUUGCACAGCCCAUUUUAACAAGUCAGACGAUUACACAGCCCAUUCUAGCUAGUCAGGCAAUGACACAGCCCAUUCUAACAAGUCAGACAAUGACACAGCCCAUUCUAGCAAGUCAGACAAUGACAAAGCCCAUUCUAGCAAGUCAGACUGUUACUACUCCAUCUUGCCAAAGUAUGCCCAUCUUGAGUGAGAAGUUUCACUCAUCAGAGUCUGUCAUCAGAGAUUCAUGCUUGCCUCAAAAUAAUCCUUUGUCAUCAAAUCUGCCCAUACACUCUGGUGUAUCAUCGACGGAACUGUACAAUAUGGGUCUGUCUGAUGUUGGUUCAGAUGGUGACAUGGGUAUGGCACAUUCACCCAUCGAGGAUUUGACAACAGGAAUGCAAAGCUGUGGUGAAAUGACUGUUUCUGUUCAGACUGAGAGGUGUAUUUCUCCUGAUAAAAUUGAGCCAACAGUUAAAAUGAAAAAGACAGAUAGUGUUCAUCCGGAAAUGAUGAAGGAAGUUUUGAAGAUGAGAGUGAAUAUGAAAGAUUCUGAUGCUGUUUCAGAAUCCCCAAACAGGAUCAAGAAAAAGCCAUUUUCACCAGGAUUUAUACCCCUACAUCAGGAGUCUGUGCAGACUGAACUCUGUGGAAAUCCAGGUAGUCCAUUAUUAAUCCGAGUGGUAGACAAUGUCCCUAGUCCUGUAGACCAAAGCAAGGAGAAGAAUGAUGUGUCAGUUACAGAAGUGAACAAAAGUGAGAAUGUGAAUGCUUGUGAAAGUAAUUUGUCUGCAGAAAAGAUGGAAAAGAAAGAAAAAGAUACAUUGAGUCAAAGUGAAAUAGAAAAUGUGUUUUUAAGUGACAGCAUGAUACCAGGUUUUAGUCCAGUCAGCAAUCAAUCUGGUAUUUCCAAUACUAGUGUGAAUGCCACCCUGGUUGCUGCGGACAACAGUGGAAGGGAAUCUACAAGUUCUAUCAAACGUUCACCAGAACCAGACUCUGCUGCAUCAUUGAGUCUUUUAGAGGUGAAUCAAUCAAGAAAUGUUCACACUGAUGUCUCACAGGUAUAUGGAACAACAGAAACUAUUUCUUCUGCUCAACAGUUUCCAGAAUAUUCCAGAUCGAGAAAACUACUGGGGAUACCAAUUGAAAAUAAAAUGAAGGUGAACCAGCUUCCGUCCACAAGCAGAAGUGGAGAACAGGAAGCAGACGGUAUCAAGUCAUCGUGUAAAGCCCAUUUAAUAGGAUCAAUGAACAGUUUAUCAUUUACACAGUCUAAACCUCUAGUUUCAGCCAGCCCAAUGAAAUCAGCCCUGGAAAUUGUUGCGACUUACUCUUCUUUAAUGCUCUCUCCCAAGAAGUGUGCCGAAAGCUUUGUCCAGAAAGCUCAGGAGACGACACCUGUUAAAAGUAGAUAUCGUCCUCUUGCACCUAAACCAUACACACCAACAGACAAAACAGUGAGUCCAUUCUUGGGUCCACACAAAAGUCCCAGAAAAAGUCCUAGAAGGCAGCAGCUACAGAGAAAAGCCCGGGCAAUAUGUCCUAAAGGACUUGUGGUGAAAACAGUAAUAUCACCAUCCAAAAAGGCUGCCUCACAAAUCAUGAACAGAGUUUUGGGUAAAGCUCACUGCAAAAUACUGCCCUGCCCACCAGGUUUGCCAAGAAAAGACCUUCAAAUUCGAACCCGAGGGUCAGAAGCCACCCAGGUACCACAUUCAGUAGAGCCACUAAGGGAUGAAGCAGAAACCGAGGUAGAAGGCGUGGAGACGGCCAGUGAAUGUGAUACAGCGGAAUCCGAAUACUUGUCGGAUGAGGUGAUGGAGGACACGGCAGAGGAGAAGAAACGAUCUGCACGAAAGAAUCUUCAGUCAAAAUUUCACAAGAAGCGAGAGGUACGUAACUCUGUGGAGAGUGAUGACACAGAGGCUGAAGAUCCUAAUCUCGACGACAGCCAGGAUGAUGAUGAUUCAGAACACAUUGCAGACCUCAUGGCUGCCAGUACCACCAUCAAAUUUAAUCCAAAAAGCACCCUGUCCAAGGAGUCCAAAGACCUGUCAAGUAAAACAAAACGAAGAAAAGACGCUGCCCUGGCCAUGCUGGUCCCUGAUAUUGUAGACACAGACCCUCAGAAAGAUGAUCGAGACACUGCAUUUGCAAAGGCUUAUUUGACCAAGGUAGCAGAAACUCUGAAAGACGACUUCACCACAUAUAAACAAUUCCUGAAAAUCCUCUACGAGUUUGGGAAGUCUGAACAGUCACCAGUGAAGCUAUACAGAGACAUGACAGAACUCCUGAAGAACUUUCCCGAUUUAGUGGAGGACUUCUCGGUUUUUCUUUCCCCUAGCCAAGCCGUGGAGUGUGGCUGCUUCAUGGAAAACUUGCGUUUCAGGAGAGCUAGGGUUUUCCUACGCAAGUUAGAGGUGUAUGCUGAAAGACACCCAUCUCACUAUCAGAAAAUCAUGAAAAUUCUGACCAAGUGGAGUCCUGGUUCUAAGGAGGAGGACAAAGCAGUGAAGGAGCUGUUAGAACCGGUGCUGAAGUCCCAGCCACAUCUACUGGACGAGUUGUCAUGUUUCUUUGAGGAUGAAAGGCCUCCUGACAGCUACAUGACAGAAUUUGAGGAGAUAACUCUCGGAGACAGCGAUGAAGAGGAAGGAUUCAAGUUCGAUGAAUUUGAGGAAGUGGUAGUCCCGGAGGAUGAGAAUCCAGAUGGAACCAAAAAGUGCACGUGUACCUGUCAUCAAAAUCCCAAAGCCAAAAACUUCCACAUGAGGAAUAUACACUGCACAAACUGCUGUUUGAAGGUGAUAGAUGGAGAGCUUUACUACAGAAUAAACAAACAAGUUCUGAAAAAGGUGAGGGUGAAAUACCACCCAGAGAUCAAUCCCAAUUGCAACCCUCUAGAAAAGGAGAUGGUAGCAGAGCCAACAUCAGCAGCUCAUUGGGAGGAGGAUGAGGAGGCAGCCGAGAAGGAGAAUGUCCAGAUCAUGCAACCAAAGCACAUAGGAAUAAAGUUAAAGAUAUCCAGUAGAAAGAAGGGGAAGCAAGGACGUUUCUUCUCCAUCAAUGAGAUGGCAGAUUCUCCUGUGAAGAAAUCAGCAAGUACAUCUACUGCAGCUAGUGAUGAUCAGGCUUCCAAGAUAGUGAGUCUACCAUCCACAUCCGAACCGCCAAGUGAAAUGGCUGAUGAUGGUGUUCAAAACAGUGAAGAGGGGAUAGAGAAGGAGUCGGCGUCAGAAUCUAGAACUGAUGAACAGGGGGGUUCAGGAAGACACUCCGAGGAAUCUCAGCUCAGCAGUGAAUUACCAGAUCUUAUUCCAUCUCAGGACCAAAAGCGGCAAGAGGAAAUGAACAGUGGUGGAGCAUUGCUGAAGAUCGAGGAAUCUUCUCAACUAUCAAGAGUAUCUAGAACAGUUCAAGUGACUGUCACUGCAGACUGUAAUGAAGACUUUACAGGAGCCAUAAUAUCCAUCCCAAAUAAUGACACAACACCGCCAAAAAAAUCUGACAGAGAACUCACGAUCAGCUCAUGGAUAGAGAGUGCUAAUUUGUCACCUCAGAAAACAUCUCCAUCUGUUGUGGAUGAAGUAGCUAUGAGUGGAUAUAUUCCCCAAAGCAAAGACAGCUCAUCUUCUGAUCUGCUUGCCAAGGCUUUACAUGAGGCCAUGAUAAGUCAGUCUGAUGUGUCUAUGUCUGUAGAUUCAUCUCAGCAAGGCAGGAAUACACAUGAAACAUGUCCCUCUGAAGUCCCAGGGUCAGCAACUGACCAGGGUCUGGGAUUUUCCAUGCUUUCUGAAAUGACAUCUGUAAAAAAUGAUCAAACUGUUGAUGAAUUAAAUUCAGACAAGAAGUUUUUACCAUGUGCUAAAGAAAGAAAACAAAUGGCUGCUACAAGUUCUACAGAGAGGCAGAGGAGGAAAGUGAGUGAGAAAAGACGUAUUGUGCCCACACCAGUCACAGAAGACGCAAGCUGUCCAUCACCUGCUUUUUCCUUGUCCAGCAUAGACAAUGUUGGAUUCCUUAAAAGUCCCACAGAUUCUAGUCAGAUUAUUGCUUACACAAACUCGCCAGUCUUCGGUAGUGAAAAUUCUAAUCCAUCUCUUGCACCUUAUAAUCAAAACAUAAGCCCAAAUCCAAAAAUGCAUACUGCAGAAGAAUCCCUGCCAAGUUGUUUUACUGCAGAGCAAGAACUAAGAUUAAUACCAAACAGAAUCCAACAGUCACCUAUGUCUGCAUCUUCUCCGUCCGGAACAAUCAUUUCCAGUGUUGUUGGAUUUGGUCAAGAAGAAUCAAAUACAUGUGGUAGCAUUGGUCAGAGGCCUGGUAGAUCAUCUAAUGAAAGGGAGACAAAUCCUGCAGCACCACAGAUUGCAUGGACAAGGGAUAUGGAUAAAAUGAUUUUAGAAACUGUAAAACUACAUGGGCCUGGCUCAAAGACAUUUGAUGACAUCACAAAACAAAUUCCAGGAUCAACACCAGCUUCUGUGAUAGAUAGAUUUCAUAUUCUGUUAGAAAUGUUGGCAGACGACACACCAAGUGAAGAUGACACAACAGAGGAGGGCAUGGAGUCCUCAAGCUGAUGAACUGGGCCUGUAAACAGGGUGUAUAUCCUAAUAGGGCAAGCUGAUGAACAGGACCUGUAAACAGGGUGUAUAUCCUAAUAGGGCAACUCCUCACACACAAUCUAUAGAAUCUCAGAGAUUUAAAACUCCCAUGUUUAUUUAGAUCAGAUGUUUUGUUAUUUUGUUGAAGGAUUGUAUACAUCUAUCACCAAUUUCUUAUUUUGUUAUGCGUAAAAUUUUCAGUCAUCAUGUACAAAAAUUUAUGAUUUGUACAUCAAUAUUUUUGAUGUAUUUUUUAUUACUAUUUUUUUCUUCUUUGUUAGACCUGAAAUGAAGAAGGCCUAUAUUUGUAAAAACAAUUCAUCAGUACUUGUUUUGAAACAUAUCUGGCUAUCAUCUCUCUAUGUACAGUAUAGAGUUCUUUCACAUGUAUGUGCUUAGUUUUUUAGUGUUAUUUAAUUAUUACUUUGUCAAGUGCUAUUAGCAUUGUGUCUUGUGAUGUCCUGUUAAAUAUUUAUGUGUUCAAGCACCCCAGAUUUUCUAUUGUUAGUAAACAUUAUAUUCAGUGAUGCAUGGUUGCUGAUAAUUAUAAUAAAUCUUGUGUUCGAAUU